UCACUGCCCAGAGCCGCCCUCUUCCUGUUCACUGGCCCGGGGGAGUGUCAGGAAUUGAGAAAUGCUUCUAAUGCAAGACGGUGCGUCACUUCAGCCAGAGCGUAAUGAAGCGCCCUUCCUUACAAGAGUCGUUUUAAGUUAGCAAGAGAUACGGGUAAAGUGUGUAAAAGUGUUAAAAGAAAGGCCAGUUACAUUCUGGUACGCAGUCUUUUUUUAUUUUUCUAAUUUCGGCCAAAGCCUCCCAUCUCCCUCCCAGCAGGUACCAAUGUCUUUGGCUGACCAGAGUCAGCAGUGGUACCCCACAAGCGUGAAGGUAACGGUGUUUCAGGCGAGGAACCUGAGGAUCAAGGGCAAACAUGGCACCAACGACGCGUACGCCAUCAUGCAGGUGGCCAAAGAGAGGUUCUCCACCGCUGUGGCAGAAAAGUCCGUUUCGCCCGUGUGGAAGCAGGAGGCCAGCUUCGACCUGCCGCUUUUCCACCACGGUAACGAAGAGCGAUGCACUCUGCGUGUUACGGUAAUGCACCGGGCCCUGGUGGGGAUGGACAAGCAGUUGGGACAAGCUGUCAUCAACCUGCUGGACCUCAACGAGAACAGUGACCGCAGCAAGACCGAAUGGUUCAAGCUACUGGACAAGCAUGGAAAAGAGGACAAGGAGAGAGGGGAGGUUCUCCUGGACAUCCAGUUUAUGAGGAACAACAUGACAGCCAGCAUGUUUGACCUGUCGGGGCAGGGCAAGUCGCGCUCCCGCAUGGGGAAGCUGAAGGACAAGAUCCGCGGAAAAAAGGGCGACCUCUCAGACUCCGCCUCCGCCAUUGUGCCCGCCUCCUCCUCCUUGGCCAGCAGCACUCAGGUGAUGACGGACAGCGAGGGGGAGGGUGAGGGCCAUGCGGACCAUGGGGCAGACAAGAAGAAGAAGAAGUCCAAGAUCAAGUCGCUGUUCGCCCCCAAGUCCAACCUGCAGCGCGACGCUUCCCAGUCAAUGGUGACCCUCGGGUCCCUUCCCGAGAAAAACUCCGCCCUCAGUGGCAGCCGUUCGUCAGGGCUCAACCUGGACUCCCCUGAAGGGAAGAAGAAAUUCAAGUUCCUGACUCACAAGCGGACGGACAGCUCGGACAGCAAGGGGUCCCAGGGCGCCUCCUUUCUCCUGGGCCGCUCUAAGCAGGGAGGGGCAGGGCAAAUGCAGACGCCUCCGGCAAACUCCACCCUCAGUCUCAGCGGCUCUGACCAGGGCUCUGUGGAAGAUCUGCAGAGGGGACAGGGGAGCAGUGACAUCCACAGGUACAGUGAAGAGGAGGAGAGCAGAGAGGAGCAGGACAUGAGGAGGCUGAAAGAAGAGCAAGAAAGACAGAGGGAGGAGAAAGAGAAGAAGAGGAUUGAGGAAGAGCAGGAGAUGAGGAGGUUAAAGGAAGAACAUGAGAAGCAGAUGGUAGAACAAGAAAGGAGGAGGGAGGAGCAGAAAAAGAGGGAGGAAGAACAGGAGAUGAGGAGGAGAGAAGAGGAGGUGAGGAGGAGGGAGGAAGAAGAGCAGCUGAGGAGGAGGAAGGAAGAAGAGGAGCUGAGGAGGAGGAAGGAGGAGGAGAUGAGAAGGAAGGAGGAGGAAGAGGAAAAAAUGAGGAAAGGGGAGGAAGAGGAGGAGAUGAGGAAGAAAGAGGAGAUGAGAAUAAGGGAGGAAGAGGAGAGGAUGAAGAAGAGAGAGGAAGAGAUGAGAAGGAGAGAGGAAGAAGAGCUGAGGAGGAGGAAGGAAGAGGAGAUGAGGGAGGAAGAGGAGGAGAUGAAGAAGAAAGAGGAGAUGAGAAGGAGGGAGGAAGAGAUGAAGAGAAGGAGAGAGGAAGAGGAGAUGAGGAGAAGGGAGGUAGAAGAGGAGAUGAAGAAGAAAGAGGAGAUGAGAAUAAGGGAGGAAGAGGAGGAGAUGAAGAUGAGAGAGGAAGAGGAAGAGAUGAGAAGGAGAGAGGAAGAAGAGCUGAGGAGGAGGAAGGAAGAGGAGAUGAGGAGGAAGGAGGAAGAAGAAGAGAAGAUGAGGAGGAUGAGGGAGGAAGAGGAGGAGAUGAAGAAGAAAGAGGAGAUGAUAAGAAGGGAGGAAGAGGAGAAGAUGAAGAGGAGAAAGGAAGAGGAAGAUAUGAGGAGGAGGGAGGAAGAGGAGGAACUGAGGAGGAGGAAAGAAGAGGAGAUGAGGGAGGAAGAGGAGGAGAUGAAGAAGAAAGAGGAGAUGAGAAGGAAGGAGGAAGAGAUGAAGAGGAGGAAGGAAGAGGAGAUGAGGAGAAGGGAGGUAGAGGAGGAGAUGAGGAAGAGAGAGGAAGAGGAGAAGAUGAGGAGGAGGGAGGAAGAGGAGAUACAGAGGAGGGAGGAAGAGGCAGUUCUGAACAACCUGUUCACUGAAGUCUCCUCCUCCAACCUGUUCACUGAAGCCUCCUCCUCCAACCUGUUCACUGAAGCCUCCUCCUCCAACCUGUUCACUGAAGUCUCCUCCUCCAGCCCAUUCUCCGAAGUCUCCUCCUCCAACCCGUUUGAGGAGAGCCCCCGUAGCGGGUCCACAAGCCACGUCACCCGGUCAGCCAGAAUUUCAGCUGUCAGACCCAGAUUGGUCAUGUCCUUGGAAACAGGAACCGAUAAAAGAAGUUCCUGUUUGCUACCUGCCAACAUAGACUCCUCCACCCCCCUUCCGCUUCCUCACACCUCCUCUUCAGAUUUGUCUCUUGGUGAAGCCCCCUCCCAGGCACCCGUCACUCCCGGGGCCCCACACAUUCCCCAGGAUCUGCCCAGGGACCCCUGGAGCUCUGAGAAGUCCUUACUAGGGGGUGCAGAGAGCCCCCCCGCCAGUGCGGAGAAGAAGCGCCAUGCUCCUCUGCCUCCGCCUGCCCCACCUGCCCAGAGCCAGCACUGUCCUCCGCCCAAACCCACCCCUGCUCCGCAGAACGUCCCGGUAGCAUCGGCCAGGGUCCGAAAGGGGCCCGCACCGCCAAAGCCACAGCCCACCCUGCUGAUCUCUGACCCCAGUGCUGGAGAAGGGGCAUCAAACCUGGCACAUGAUGGGCAGCAACAGCUUGAUGAUAGAUCAGGCAAUACCUUGCCAGCCAAUCACGAGCAAGGAGGCGUGGAUGGACUGCUGGGCCGCGCAGUUGCGCCUGAAGGGAAGACGUGUGAGACGGAUUCCAGUCCACCAGCUGCAAAAACGCCCUUCGAUGAUGAUGAGGAUGAAGGUGAAGCUGUAAGUGCACCGAGGAGCAGAGGCGAUGAGGCGCUUUGCACUGUCCUCACUCGCAGUGACCCGUCGUCGCCCCCUGGUGCUCACACAGAGAAUAACCACGUGCGUCAGGAUGGCGGGUCCGGCCUGGCGUUUCCAGGUGGGGAGACGCAGACAGAGGCUCCUGAGGGCGGGGCAGGCCCGGGUGGGAAGGGUGCGCCCAAAAAGAAGAACCGCGCGCCCCUACCGCUUGGAGCACCACACGGGGACUGCACCACACAGGAGUGGGACCGUGCAGUGACCCCGCCCCCCUCAGAGCCACAGGGCUCGAAGGUUGCUGGGAAAAGGCGCGCCCCCCAGCCUGGGGACGGAGCUCUUCCUGGGGGGCCGACCCUGCUGCAGGCCUGGAUGUCACCCUCAGAGCCCCAGCCAAUCACGAUGCAGAACAGCGCUGAAGGAAGUGGUACGGCAGGGAAAGUGGGAGGGGCACCCUCAACCUCAUGCAGGCCUCACCCAGUGAAGCCAUUGAGCUUAUUGGACAGCCAUUAUCCUGGGAGCUUCCCUGGGGGAGACCUGGGUGCCACAGAGGGAAUGACAAAGGUGACGGAAUCGGCGGGGGGUGUAGGCGGGCCCUAUUCCCAGCUGACCCACUCAGAGCUGGCCUCCCUGGUGAUGAAACAGCAGGACCAGCUCUCUGAGAAGGACAGCAAGAUCAAGGAGCUGGAGGAGUACAUCGACAACCUGCUGGUGCGCAUCAUCGAGGAGCAGCCUAGCAUCUUACAGUCAAUGAGCAUGACCAAAAAGGCUACCUAGCAUCUUACAGUCAAUGAGCCUAGCCAAAAAGGCUGCCUAGCAUCUUACAGUCAAUGAGCCCGGCCAGAAAGGCUGCCUAGCAUCUUACAGUCAAUGAGCAUGACCAAAAAGGCUGCCUAGCAUCGUACCGUCAAUGAGCCCGGCUAGAAAGGCUGCCUAGCAUCUUACAGUCAAUGAGCCCGGCCAGAAAGGCUGCCUAGCAUCUUACAGUCAAUGAGCCCGGCCAGAAAGGCUGCCUAGCAUCUUACAGUCAAUGAGCCCGGCCAGAAAGGCUGCCUAGCACCUUACACUCAAUGAGCCUGGACAAAAAGGCUGCCUAGCAUCUUACAGUCAAUAUGAGACCGGCCAAAAAGGCCACCACAGAGAAACACUGUUAAAUAAUGGGGGGAGGGUGGGUUGGGUUUAAGCACUAUAGUCACUGGCAUCAGAGGAGCAAGCUGUCACUGUGCCGGUGUGAGUAGCACAGUGCUAACUAUGGGGAUGGGAGGGUUGUUACAGUGAGUACAAACGAUCAACAAUUUCUUAUUGUGAUUGCAAUGUCCUGAGCCACACAGUAAGUUAUUGUGGCUGACUGCUAUUUUCCCCUCAAAUACUUGACUUCCAUGGGGACAGAAACAAAUUGAAAUCACACUCUGAAGCACUUAAAGUUUGGGCCAUGUAAAAUUGUUGCUCUCAUUGUGUUUUUAUAUUUGAAAAUGACAAAGAUUAAAAUGAAUCAUUCAGCCCCAAAGAUGGAGGAACAGAGCACUUAAACAUGCUUGUGCCUCUAGAAAGCUUCACUACAAUGUUUUCUGUGUGAUUUCCAACACUGCAUGAAAACAGAACUUUCUUUAUAUUGCAUCUUGUUUUUAGCAUAAAAGCUGUCUCCUUUGACAUUUCUUUUCAAGCAUGUCAACAAAGUUGUUUUUCCUUCCUGCUGGUACAGGUAUACAUUUUAACUGAAACUAUUUUUAUAUUUCAAAACACUGUUGCGGAAAUGAAGUAGUAGUAAAUUAAUUGUAACUGAAUAAAACAUCGAAGCUCUUUUGAUCCUGGUGGAUCUGGGCGAAACAGUGAUAGCAGUUGUGUGCGCUGGAUAGAUUAAUGGAUCACAGAAUGUUUAAAAUUGUGGGAAGUGUAAUUACAACCAAACUGGAUUACAAUCUGGAACAUAUGACAGCAAAUGAGAACCAGUGGCUUUUAUUCACACAUAGAAUGCACAUUUUUUCCAACGGACCAAUUGUCAGCUCACGCUGCAAAAACCUGUGCACGCUAUUACUCAAUGUCAGAUCGUUUUAGCUCAUUUUUUGUACAUAUUUGCCAGUGCCUCCAAGUAAUUUCGAAAAUGUUGAUGUUUUCUAUUGCCGUUGCUACUUUAUCUAUCAUUAUCUGCUAGAUUCAUUUGUUGUUUUGUUGAUAAUGAUAAUAAUGUCAGAUGAUUUGGUGGUGCCAGUGUUGGUGCAGGGCAUCCUGGGACACGGGCAGAGCAUGCUGGGACACGGGCAGGACAUACAGCAGCCCAGAAGUCUGUAUGGCACACUGGUGGCUGAGUUACAUCCUUCCCUGUAACACACUCCUUUACUAUUUCAUUCAUUCAAUCAAUCACUCAUUAAUACCCAACACUGCCCACCGUUCUCCCAUGCGUUCAGAUGAGCGGUGUGAUGUCAUAUGUAUACUGAUGUUUUAUGGGAAUAAAUACUGUAAUGGCUUCUGCUCUGA